AAAUAGUUGUACAAGUACCAUUGCUCGAUGGUGAUUAUCAAGAUUCUUUUCCCAGCAAUCAAUCUUCAAGUCCGACACGCACAAUAGUCGUUACUACGGUGGAGGCCCUUUGAGUGUCAAUUGUGUUUUUCUUGAUUGUGAUUGAGUACGAAAGAGAAAUUUGAUUUCCACCCAGUCUACGUUUUUUUUGAGCAGUUCUUCUAUCCGAGUACUCUCUUCAAGAACUCAACUUGAACUUGUUCUCUUUUCAAAUAUUUGUUCGGUUUCCCCGGGAAGAUCGGACCGUUUAGCGCCAGGUGUGUCAAAAGGAGGACACAAACACCAGUAUACUCCACUAGCCUCUUUCGAAAAACUGGCAUUGAACAAGGGAGAAAUCAGAGAAGCAGCUCUUUGAGAAAGUGCCCCAGUUCAGUUGUUCCUUCGUAUCCGGUCAAGUACUUUUUUCGUGCAUCUUCAGAAAAAACGUGCUGGUGCGCAAAGACGAUAGACACAAUAACAAUAAGCCUUCUGUAAAACACCGCAAAACAAUCGUCGACUACAUCAACUCAAGAGCCGCCGCCUCAGCGAAAAAGAGGCUUUGUUAAGGACGACUUUGGGAACAGCACUAGCUAGAAGAUGUUAACAACGGCUGCACGAACAGUUUGCCGCAAGCAGAAUAGAGCGGCACGUGAGUUUCGACACCAGCACUCGAGACAACUCUCAGGCGUCAAACUUCUCGAAGAGAGAGGCAAUAUAUUUCAUUAUUUCCUCACGCUCACGAUCCUAUUCAGAAUACAAGCAUAAGUAUUUUUUCUCGGACUCGGACUUGUUUCCUCCCUAAAAACCCUAUUCUGACUCUGAGUAUCAACAAAGCGAGAGGAGCCUGAGCAGGACGUGCACCUCUUUUUUGGCUAGCAACGUCACAGCACAACCCUUGUCCUGUCAAUAUCUCUGAUACCAGGUAGCGGUCGUGGUAGUUGAAUAUGAAUAUGUUAUUAUGUUGUCAAUGCCUACUGCCUACACCCACACCUCGAACUUCAGGUAAGGCUGCCGAGAACAUUUAUUUUUCCCAGGAAGAUCAGAGGCUGAUGAAGAAACUUCUAGAGCAGAACCCGGACCUGGACGCGAAGUACAACGGCGCCGGGUCUGGGGACUCCACCGAGGAAAAGGUAUAGAAGAACAAAAUGAAGUUUAUAUAGUAUACUAGUCCUUCAAAUUUCGUGUCUAUCACAUGAACUUCUGGCUCGUUGCAUUUCGUUUCCCUUUCCUGUUCCUCUAUUUUUCCUUAUAAACUUCUUGUAAUUUGUAAAGCGAAAAAAUUUCGUCUACCUUUCUUUGUCGACUUUAACAGAUCAAACUGGUUUUUUUGAACCAUGGCAUUCCGCCACUGAAUAAGGCGCUGAUAGCUGACCUCGUUGUGAUAGCGGAUAAGGCCAAAUAGUCCGAAUAUAGCUGACCUGCAGGAGGCCUUCAUCUGCUACGCGCUCGAUCGGCUUGCAGUAAUAUAAGACCGGGCACCUGAUAGCGAUGUGCUAACUGCUUUUUCUCUUGAAGUUGAAGUUGUGUGUCAACUUGUUGUUGACACGACUCGCUCAUUUGUUGUAAGAAUUCGCCAUUGCUAUCUACUAUACAACAAGAGCGCUUGAAGUAGAAUCACCACUAAGACAGACCCAGAAUAACGAACUACUUCUCUUAGCUGCAAUUCAUUUAAGAUCUUUUGCCUUUUUUCUUUUCAUUUUGCACUCGCACGAGCACUAGUAUCACUAUCACAACUACUGACAUGCACAUGACGUGAUCUUUUGACUCGCCCGAAAGAGGGGGCAGAGGCAGCGCGACGUAUGAAAACAAAUAGCGAGCCUGGGGAUCAAUGCACCAGGACGAGCAGUACUUCUCACCAGUGUACGUAAAGAGGAGCUCUCAGU